AUGAGGGCUCCAACCUCACCGCCGUCGCUCUCACCGCAGGAGAUCGCAGAGCUUCAACAAACCGAGAUCGAAGCCAUCGAGUCCAUUCUCGACCAAGACUUUUCGCGUGUCGAGCAGAAAGCAUGGAAGGGCGCCGCCACAUCCCAGCUUCACGAAUUCCAAGUCGUCCUUCGCCCGGAUGAAGAGCGCCUCAAGCCUCUCGUUUGCGCAUACGUGCUGUUCCGACUUCCCACCAAGUAUCCCUUCAUUGCGCCCACCAUCAUCAUCAAGCAGAACGAUGGCAGACACAAGGGUCUUUCAGCGAAGCAUCUCACUCAGCUCGGUGAAGAGCUCAAUCGCAAGGUCAAAGAGCUUCUCGGUGCCGAGAUGAUCUGGGAGCUCAUCAGCACUGGUCAGGAGUUCAUCAGCCUCAACAACGUCGUACCCAAAGAGGUCAGAGAUGGCGCACCUUCGCUCAGCUUGGAAGAGGAGAUGCAGAGGCGCGCAAAAGAACAAGAAGACCGCCAGGUCCAAGAAGAGCAGCAAGAACGACUGCGCAAACAACAGGCAGAGACAGAACGUGCCCAGCAGCUGUCCCAGCUGAUCCAAGAGGAGGCGAACAAGAAGGUGGCUCUGCUCAAAUUGGAGAAGGAUCGCAAGCGCGAGUCGGGCUAUUUCGGCCAGCAUGGCCCCUCGACUCCCGUCAAGGGUCUCGCUGCCUUCGCUGCGACCGCUUCGGCGACGAAGGCUGCCCUGGCCGCUACAGCUGCGACAUCGUCAGACGAGUCACGUCUCGAGACUCCUGUGCGUGCAGAUGGCUUCCAAUCCCUUGGCUCGCUAUGGCCGUUUCGCUCACCCGCAGGCCCCGGCGCACCCAACGCGCCAUCCACAUCCCGCUACCUCUCCGACUUUGAAGAAGUCGAAUUCCUUGGCAAAGGAGCUUUCGGCAGUGUCGUCAAAGCUCGCAACCGUCUCGAUGGCCGCUUUUACGCUGUCAAGAAGAUCAAGUUGUCAAGCUCGCCAGAUGAAGAUGAGAGGACGUUGCGCGAGAUCAGUGCCCUAAGCCGUCUCGAUCAUCCUCACAUUGUGCGCUAUUCCACUUGCUGGAUCGAGGAGACGCACAUCCCCGUGGGCGGCCUGGCCGGAAGCGACACGGACGGCUUCACCUCGGGUCGCACCCUCGAGACCAACACCACCACCAGCAAGACGCAUGCAUCCGGGCCAAGUCUGUCCAUGUCUGCGUUUGGCAACGGCUUUUCCCGUCUCGCGAAUGCAAGCCGACCCAAGAAUGGCCGCGACGAUUCUUUCCGCGCUACACCCGACUUUGAUGACGACGACGAUGCCUUUGCAUCUGGAGCCAACUCUUCUAAUCUCACUGGCAGCUUCGCCGACAUCCGCUUUGCGGACGACGAUGAUGACAGUAUCGAUCAGCGCAACAAUGGCGCGUCCUCGCGCGGCAAUCUUGCGGCCUCGUUCCAUGGCGGACUUCUCGCCCUUCGUACGCCUUCCGACGGAAGCGAUGACGACAGUGACGCAUCAGCUGAACAGGACGACGAUGAUGUUUCGGAAGAAUCAAGCUCAGAGGACGAACUCGGUGCCGACGAUUUCAGUCGGAUUCGUCUUUCAUCACGCAGAGCAUCUCGCACUGGUCGCUCAGUGUCGAGAGGCGUGAGUGUGGCACCGCCUGCUGGAAGUCAUCCUGUCCAGCGUGUCCUCUAUAUCCAGAUGGAGUUCGUCGAGAACCGGACGCUGCUGGAGGCGAUCGAGAAGGGACUGACCGAGGACGAAGCUUGGCGCAUCUUGCGUCAGAUGGUCGAAGCGCUCGCUCACAUCAGCAGCCUUGGCAUCAUACAUCGUGAUCUCAAGCCAUCCAACGUCCUCAUGUACUCCAACGGCGACGUCAAGAUUGGUGAUUUCGGCCUUGCCACCAAUGCUCUGCAGAUCGCUGACGGCAACCCUGGCAACACCGAAGUCACCGCCGACUUGGCCGAAAGCUCGGAUCUGACAGGUGAUCUUGGCACCUUCCUGUACACCUCUCCAGAGCUUCGAGCCAAAGGUGGCGUCAAGUACAACUUCAAAGUCGACGUCUAUUCGCUUGGAAUCAUCUUUUUCGAGAUGCUGGCCAGCCAGCGUGUCUAUCGAACCGGCAUGGAGCGCAUUCUGUUGAUCAGAGAGCUGCGGGACCGAGAAGUCGUGCUCCCAGCGUCGUGGCCACACAGCAAGCUCGAGAAGCAGACCGCGCUUAUCCGGCAGAUGCUCGAUCACGAUCCCGAUCGCAGACCCUCCCCUCUCGAAAUCCUGAAGAGCGAUCUGCUCCCGCCCAAGAUGGAAGACGAGUACAUCGAAGAAUGCCUGCGACUCAUGGCAAACCCGACCAGUGCUUACAACCAUCAGCUCAUGGACGCUCUCUUCGGCCGUACUGCUGUCGAUCUCGUCCGCGACUUUACCUUCGACACCGGAGCUGAAACUGAUCAAGAUACGUCGUUGACCACCGUGGUGUGCGAUGUCAUUCGGAACGCGGCUCGCCGGCACGGUGCUGUCGAGUUCACUGCGCCCCUCCUUCUCCCGCCAAAUGGCCUCUACUCAUCGAACGAAAAGGUCGUGCAAAUGCUGGACCGAACCGGACGAGUCGUGCAUCUACCCUACGAUCUGACCGUCCCCUUUGCGCGCGUCUUUGCUCGGAGCAGCAACCAGAGAUUCAAACGGUACGAGAUCAGCAACGUCUACCGCGAGAACAUUGUCGCUGGUGGUCAGCCUCGUGCGGUGCUGGCCGCUUCUUUCGACAUUGUUUCGCCCGAAAAGUCGGCAGCGGCGGAAGCCGAGGCUCUCGCUUUCGUCGAGAAAGUGCUGGACGAGAUCCCCGGAGUCGCGAGCGAGAAUUGGGUGAUUCACAUCAAUCACGAGGCGAUCCUUUCGAUGAUCCUCGAACGCGUUCCUGCCAAGCAUCGCACGGCUGUAAUCGGUGUUGUUGCGCUGCUAGCCGGAUCGAAGACGAUACAAAGUGCACGAACCUAUCUGUCGCAGCUCGGCCUGUCUCCGUCGACCAUCGAAGAGCUCGAAGCGUUCAACCUGAACGAUGAAGUUGCGGCUGUACACUCUCGACUCGAACGGCUCUUCUCCCCAGAUCAGCGGAACAGGUUGGCAAAAGCAGUCUCGCAGAUCUCCGACGUGGUGGCCACAGCGCGCUUCUUCGGUGUACAGCGACCGUUCGUCUUCUCGCCACUGCUGGCACAGUCGAGCACCUUGUACAAGGGCGGUGUGCUGUUCACGAUAGUAAGAGCGGGCAAGCGGCGAGAUGUCGUCGCCGCCGGUGGGCGCUACGAUGCGCUGCUCAAGCGCUUCGCCAACCCAACGGCGUCAUCAGCGCCCUUGCACGGAGUCGGCGUCCAAAUCGCUGUUGGCAAGCUGACACUCGGCCUCGCCAAGUACCAAGAGACGCAAGUGCCGAAGCUCCUUUCCAGGACCGAGGAGGAACGCAGCUUCGGGCUGUACACGCCGAGGAGGUGCGACGUCUAUGUGGCCUCAACGCCCGGCUUGCUCGAGACGCGGAUGGAGAUCUGCCGCGAGCUGUGGGCGCACAACAUUGCAGCGGAUCUCCAGUACGAGCAUGCAACGUACGACUCGCCAGAAGCAGCCGCAGCAACCUGUCGGGCCGAGGGAAUCCUCUUGCUCGUCUUUGCCAAGCCCAGGUCGCCCGUUCUGAAGGUCAAGGUGGUCUUGCAACGCGCCGAGUACGAAGUGCCACGUAAUGAGCUGGUCGCUUUCGUGCAGGAUCGCAUCGCCAAGCAAAGAAGCGUCGAUGUCCAAGUCGCAAGCUCGGCAGGAACCAGUGCCUUUGCAAACCGCUUCGGUCCGGCUGGUCUGGAUGCGGCCACGAUGCGCGCGACAGCUGGCGCUCCGGGAACACCAGUGAUGGGCGGACACCAUCACCAUCACCCUCACGCAGCCUUCUCGCGUACCUACAGUGGUCACGAUGUUAUGCCAUCCGCGACGAUUGCUGUUCGAGAACGCGAGAUGGUGCUUCCAGAGAGGCCUAUUCACCCCAGCAAGAAAGGCGAUAAGAGCCAGAACAACCGUCAGAAACCAUCAUCACGCCAGCUGGUAUUGGACAAAGCGUCUAGGCAGGUGUCGAAGUUUGCUGAUCAGCUACAGUCGGGCAACGUGCCGAUCCUCGCCGUCGACUUCACCGGUGCCACCUUCGACCGGCUAGCUGCAGCACUUACGGCGUGUCUCGGGAGUCAGAGCGAGGACACGGGCAGCGGCACGACCGCCUCCGAAGACGAAAUGCUCUUCCGCGCUUUCCUCGAGCCCCUCUCCGCCGACGAGAGGGAGUAUGCGCGAUUGAUCAAGUCGAGGGCGGUGGAUUUCGCCUUCCCAGACGCGGGCAACUCGGCGGCAAACGUGGUGGGUUGCGGAAGGGUGUUCUUGUAUUCACUCAGGGAGGACAAGUUUGCGCUGGUCGGGUGUGGGAGGUAG